AUGGUACGACUUUCCACCUUCCAGACAACAGCUAGUUUCAUGUCUUUCUUCUUCAUUCAAACUCUCGACGGUGCGCAAACACCGGAACAACGCAGACGCAACGCAAAGUUCGUCAAGGACCAGGAAGCGCGCCGCGGCAAGUCUGAAAAGGAGAUCAAGCAGCGUGCCAAGGACGCGGCAGGCAAGGCGCCCAUCUCGCCCUUUUGGUUUAUCAUCCUUGCCUUCGUCGUCUUCGGUGGGGUGGUAUUCGAAAUCAUCCAGCGCAUUUUCUUCCGAUAG